CCAGGGAAAGCCGAUACAUUCCUCAUACACCAGAAUACAAGUGCUUCCAUAAAUCCUGUUCAGUGUCAGCGGUGUAAUGAACUUCAUCGUUCUGAGCCUUACCACACUGCUGAACCUCACUACACACGAAUGACCAAUUCUUCAGGGUUAAGAGUGUACACUUGUGGCUUCCUACACAAAAGAAAUAUUGUGAAGAUGCAGCCCACCGUCUUCAGUCAUUAUCUAGGCACUUCUGAGAACCUGGCCUCAUCUGGAAAUUUAUGUUGCUUCACAAGCUCCUCUCAGGAAAUGACAUUUCCUACAAACACUUUACUGGAGUGGGGAGUGAUUAAGGGAGAGAGCAAAAGAGAGAGCCAGAGAAAAGAAAGAGUCAGGAAGAGGGGUGUUUCUAACUAGGAACAGAGCUUGCACUGUUCGGUAUUAUACACACAGAAACACACACAGUGAGAAAGAGAAAAGGAGAGAAAAAAGAGGAGAACUAUAUGCACAUUUACUUUUUCUGGCUGUUUAGCUGGGUGUAUGGAGCAUUCUGGUCUGCGACAUGAAACUCUCAUCCGUUGUGAUGGUUCUCCUGACUAGGGCUUUGAUUGGAGAGUUGGCUGAGGCUCUGAAUGUGACGGUGACCCCUGGGCCAGUUACUAUGUGUCUGGAGGGAGAAAAUAUUACCGUGUCAUGCCUGGUCUCUCAAAAGAAGAGGAGCAGCAGCGUGCUGGUUCUGCGCUGGCUCUACUUCCCGAAGCCUGAGGAUGAGCGACUGGUGGUGAAGAUGAAUUUCAAGAAGGCUAAGUAUUAUGGGAACUACAGCCUAAGCUUUUCUCAGACCAAAUUUCACCUGUGGGAGGAGGUGGAAGGACAGAUAUACAGCCUGCUGAUCCUCAAUGUUUCCAGGGAAGACAGAGGCAACUACAGCUGUAAAGUGCAAGAGAUACGCAAACACAGAAACAAGUGGAGGGCCUCGGCAAAUGGAACAGGGACCAUGGAGCUACAAGUGCACUACAUAGGAGUCCCUGAGAGCACUGAUAACAUCUGGCGCUGGUUUCAAGAUGUUUAUCUGUGUGCAGUGCUGAUCUGCUCUGUGGGUCUGAUUUCUACCGUGCUUUUUAUUGUGAAAAUUACAUGCCAGUACAUACAGCAUAAACAAAGACGAAAAGCCAGAUUCUAUUUGAUGAAAUGCCCAGAGAGCAGCUCUGGGGAGACAGUGACCAGUGUUGCGAGCUCAUCUCCUGGAAUGCACAGGAAAGAGAAAAGACAUAAAGCACCAUCCAAAGCCAUCGCUGCACAACCACCAGUGGUACCAGUGAAAGCUCCUGUUCCAAAUAAGCCACACAGGACCAAACUUUUAAAAGUCCAACCUAGAAAAGCACACAUGCCACGGGUGGCAGAUGACAGUCUGACAUACGCCGAACUGGAGCUGGUCAAGCGAGUGCCUGAGGCUAAAAGAAGCAGCUCAGGAACUGCACAGCUGGAGACCAAUGCACACUGCACAGGAACUGUAUACGCCCAGAUCCUCUUUGUGGAAAAGCAAGUGUAAAUUCAGUUGAAACUGUUUUGUACCAGAAUUAUUUAUGAUAUACUGUUGCUUUUGGCAUUGUUCAUGUGAUUAACUGAUGCUGCAUUAUUUUAAAUAUAAAGGCACAAUGUCCGAGCAUCUGGCAUUUGUACAUUCACAAUGUUUUCUAAUUGGGUACAUUCACCAAUUGCCUGUCUAUAUAUAGAUAUUCUUUUUUUAAACAGAGAGAAAAUAUUGCUUUACUGUUGGACUUUAAUCCAAUACACAUAUUUAAUUCUGAUUUUAUAAUUGUGUAAAAAAAAAAAAAAUGGAAUAAAAUAUGUAUUUUUUUUUGUUAUAACCUAA